GUGAAGCUUACAAAUAAAAGCAUAAACUGCUCGAAAUGGCGGUGGUAAACUUGAACCCAGCGUAGAAACGAUGCCCAGAAGAAACGAAAUUGUAACUAGAUAUUAAAACGACGUGUUUACAAACGAGAAGCGAAAAGACCAUUAAAUAAAAGAGUCACUUUUGCACAGCCGGGGAGUUUGUAGACAGUGCCUGCGCGCUAGGGGAAGAGGAGGAUACAACCGAGCAUAUAGGCUGGCAACAAGAAACGAAAAAAAAAUAUCUAAGAAUAAACAUUAAAACACUUGAACAGGCGACAGCACGCCUCGGAGCUGCACGGCGACGCCAAUGAAACGGAGUUCCGAUUGGUUGCAGUCUCUGCAGUAUGGACCCUGACAAUAGCAGCUCCAGUUCAGGUGUGACUGGCCCCAGUUCGUCUCGCAGGCUGGUGGACCUGCAGUUUCCUAACUACAGCGCGGUGCUGCUGGAGCACCUGAAUCAGCACCGUGAGGAGGGGAAGUUCUGUGACCUGGCGGUGCACGUGAGGGGGCAGGUGUUCCGCGCGCACAAGGCUGUGCUGGCCGCCUCCUCCUCCUACUUCCACGACAAGCUGCUGCUGAGGGACAGCGAUGUCAUCGCCCUGCCCAGUGUCAUCGACCCUAGGGCCUUUGCAGGGCUGCUGGGGCUCAUAUACACCGGCCGGCUGCGGGUCACAGUGCAGGACAUGCCCAGUUACUUGCUGGUGGCUAGCGGCUUGCAGCUCUGGCAUGUUGUGGACCGGUGUAAAGAGAUACUGAAGAGGGAAGAGGAGCAGAAGCAUUUCAGUAAGAAGAGAUCGUACAGAAACUGCCGCUCCACCUCCCAGUCUCCCAGUAGCAGCCAGGUACUGGUGGGGUGUCGAGAGGAUACCGGGGGCAGAGACUGUACAGCGAGCGUGCACACUCAGGAGAGCCUGGCUGUGAGGAGAGAGCGGGAGGGGGGCAGGCAAGAGGCCCCAGAGGGGCAGGAGGGGCAGGACGUUCAGUGUGUCAGGCCCAGCAGCAACAGCAGGCCUGGUCGACAUGGCAACAGCAAGACCGAGGAGGAGCUGUACUACUCUACAGAACGAGAGGACCAUUAUUACUAUAGCAACAGCAACAACAUCACCGGCAAUGACGAGGAGUAUGAGGUCGAUGAGGACAUGGAGGGGGCAGAGACUGAGGACGAUGAUGUCAUCAAGGUGCAUGUCCAAUCAGAGGAGGAGGAGGAGGAGGAGGAAGAAGAGGAGGAGGAAGAGGAAGGAGGGGGGCUGAUUGCAGAAAGGAGAGAUGGAGAAGGAGAGAUCUGCAGUGGCUCUAUUGAUGAGAACGGGAGGAUGGUAGUGAUUGAGGUUGACAGGGAGAGGGGGAGAGAGAGGAAGAGGGAGCCCCUGGAGAGGGAGGCAGCAACCAGCUUUUCAUACAAGCUUGUACACAAACAGGACAGCCAACCAAGCCUGGAGCAGAGACAACAAACCCUUUCAAAUUCUUCAAACUCGUUUUCCACAGCAGCAGGGGCAGCAAGUGUACACGACUCAAGCGGGGGGGCUUUCUCGAGCAUGGGGGAGCUCCGACUGGGGCGACUGGGAACACUGGGAGCUGGCAGCGAACUGGUUCAUGUGAAGGAGGAGAGUUGGGAGGAGGGUGAGAGAGAAGGGAAAGUGCUGAUCAGCGAGAGUGGACAGGGAAUGAACUUCAUUGAUUCCAUCAGUAGAAGUGGUACCUGUAAGAGUAAUGAUGAGAUGAGUCCGCAGCGGAGUCAGGCUGGUUUCACUGUGUACUCCGGGGAUUUCAAAGCUGAGGGAGCAGGUGGAAGGAGCAGUGACUAUUUCCUGCUCUCUGCCCUGCACAACAAGGAGCCCGGCCCCGCCUCUUUGCUGGCUGCUGGGCCGGUCAAGGUGGAUUCUUCCUCCUUCCCUGACGGCACCAAAGUCAUCGCAGACCUCAUGGGUUACCCUGCCAACGCUGUCGCCCAGCAACCCAUGGAUAUCCAUGGCAACGAGAUCGUCACUCACGCCUCGCUGGGGCAGGCAGUGCACGCACCGGUCAAGAUCCUGUCCGUGGCGCCCGACGGCAAGCGAUUUGGCUGCCUGUGUGGCAAGCGCUUCGCGGUGAAGCCCAAGAGAGACCGGCACAUCAUGCUGACCCUGAGCGUGCGCCCCUUCGACUGCUCCGUCUGCGAGAAGAAGUUCAAACUGAAGCACCACCUGAACGAGCACAUGAAGACACACAUGGGCUUCCUGUACAAGUGUGAGCGCUGUGGCCGCAAGUUCAGAAUGAGGAGCUGCUACCUGAAGCACCUGCAGCAGGAGGAGGAGCAGCUGCAGCAGCACAGUGCAAGUGCAAGCAGCAUGCUGUGAAGGACAGGGUGAGGGAGCGAGGGUGUGAGGGAGUGACAGCGAGGGUGAGGGAGUGAGUGCGAGUAUGAAUAUUUCAGUGUACGUCUCAGAAUUAGUGUGUGUGAGUGACUGUGUCUCAGUGUGAGUGCCAGUGUGUGUGUGUGUGUCAGCGUAUGUGUGAAUGUGAGUUAGGGGGUGAGGGAAUGAGAGU